AUGGCGUCUCCUGCACCGCCUGAUGCUACUAUCAUAGACGGCAAGAGAUACAGACAGGUCCGUGAAGGGCUCGCUUCAGUGCUCGCUCCAUAUGCUGCGGAAAAGCCGGCGUCGACCAAGCGUAACAAGAACGAUGGCAGCGAACAAACUGAUCCGUCGGCAACGCAAAGCAGGAACAAUGACGAGGGGCACCAGGCAGUGUUCUACAAUCCAAUCCAGCAGUUCAAUCGAGACUUGACUGUACUUGCAAUCACCGUCUACGGCGAAGGCGCCUUGCUAGAAACACAGUCCAAGUCCAAGCGGAAAGCGCAGCACAACAAAAACAAGAGGGACGGCCGACGAUCGAGGAAUCUGGCCACCACUCAGCUGGACAGUAUUGCUGAAAAUGGGUCCGAGCAACUGAAUGCACGGAAGCGCAAGGCAGACGAUAUCGAAGAGCAGCUCGAGAACGACUCGGUGCCAGCACCUGCGAAGAAACCCAGGGCAAACACUGAUGGACAAGGCGACGAAGAGGAAUUGCCUGUUGCCGAGCUGAUUGCUCACCCUAGCGGGGACCCACACGCUCAAACCGAACAACCAAAGCAGAAUGGACAUCCGCAUGCCGUCGAAGACGGCGCCAGGUCGGGAGCAGCGAAGAACCAGCAAGUAUCCUUCUCGAUCCUGGAUGCCUUGUCAGCGACGGGUCUGAGGGCCUUGCGGUACGCCAAAGAAAUACCAUUCGCCACAGACAUCGUCGCAAAUGACCUCUCCCAGGCAUCGGUCGAGAGUAUUGAGCUAAACAUUAAACACAACCAGGUGGAAGACAAAGUUCGUUCGAAUCUGGGUGAUGCUCGAGCUUUCAUGUACAGCAAGGUUGGAAAUGAACAUUCACGGUCUGCUAAAGGCUACGUCCACCGAUUCGAUGUCAUCGACAUCGAUCCAUAUGGUACGGCAGCUCCUUUCUUCGAUUGCAGUCUCCAGGCGAUUCGAGAUGGCGGAAUGCUCUGUGUGACUUGUACCGAUGCUGGAGUAUUUGCUUCUAGUGGAUAUCCCGAAAAGGCCUUCGCACUAUACGGCGGCAUGCCAAUCAAGGGGGCACAAUCUCACGAGGGCGGCUUGAGGUUGAUCCUCAACGGAGUGGCCAUGUCAGCUGCAAAAUACGGGCUUGCGAUAGAGCCACUGCUGUCACUCUCCAUCGACUACUACGCUCGCCUGUUCAUUCGCGUGCAUCGAAAGCAGCAAGACGUCAAGCUACUUGCAGGUACGACCAUGACCGUGUACAACUGUGGGCACGGCUGUGGAGCAUGGGUCACUCAGCCUUUGCUUCGAAAUCAGCCGCAGACGUCCAAGAAUGGAGACACGUUCUACAAAUUCUCAUCCGCCCAAGUGGCUGCCAAAAGUCCGAAUUGUGAGCACUGUGACUCCAAGAUGCAUCUGUGUGGACCGAUGUGGGCAGGUCCUCUUCAUAACCCGUACUUUGUACAGAAGAUGCUCGAAAAGCUUCCAUCCCUGGACAAAAAUGUCUAUGGCACGAUCGACAGGCUUGAGGGCAUGCUCACGCUAGCCCUCGAGGAGGAUCUUAGUCUUGAGCCAUCGUCAAAUGAAAGCGCGAGUCCUGCGGACGCGCAGGAUGGAUCAAUGACCGACCCUCGGAUAAUACCACGGCUGGCGACAAACAAGCCAGACCCGGCUCCCUUCUUUUUCAUGCCUACAUACUUGGCGAAGAUUCUCCAUUGUGCUACACCUUCUGAGUACGCAGUUCGCGGUGCACUCCUCGGGCUGGGUUACAGGGUUUCUCGGUCACAUUGCAAAGCCGGCAGCAUCAAGACCAACGCACCCUGGGGAGUGCUAUGGGAAAUCAUACGCGAAUUCAUGCGGACCAAGGCACCAAUCAAGGAAGGGGCUUUAAAGCGAGGGACCCCUGGUUGGAAUAUCCUAGCAAGGCUGAGAGGAACAGAAAGAGCACUCGUGUCAGACCUAAAGGAUACCACGAAGACUCAGCUUGCCAAGUGCGACAACAAGGAAGAUCUAAAAGUCCUGCUGCAGGGCAUGCUUUACAGGCUCGAGAGCGAAAGGGGCACCAGCGAAAAGGACAACGGGGAGUCGUACGGAGCGAAAGACGUCGGUGACGAGGCAGUAGGUCCUAGCCAGGAAGGAGUUAGCAAGGACCGGUCACGAUCAAGAAGUCCCUCCCCAUCCACGGUGGCACCAAGCAACCUGACCAUUAUCUUUGACGAAAAGCUGGGCAAGGAGAAACCUCGAGGCAAGUUGGUGAGGUAUCAGAUGAACCCACGGCAGUUUUGGGGCCCAAUGAACCGGGCGGGCAGUGCUUCAUGA